UACAUCAAUAUUAAUUUGUUAAUGAUUCCAUGAUUAAUACUUUUUAACUUAAUCAACAAUGUAUUAGUUUGAUAUGUUAGCACAUUUAGUAGAUGAAGUGUAAGAACCAGCUAGUAACUUCCGCAACCAGUGAUUUGGAAAGCUCUGUUUUAUUAUAAAUAAUUUAAAUUAAAAAAAAAAUUCGAAUGUCGUUGUACUCUAAGUGCCUUAUAUUAUUAUAUGAAACAUAAUAUUUUAUAUAUUAUAUUCUUCAUCAUAACUGGAAUAAUAUAUAUAUAUAUAUAUAUAUAUGGUUAAUUGUCGCCGUAUUAUCAGAAUCUGUUCUAAAAACACAAUCAGCUGACAGCAGUAUUUCAAAUGGUUUGAAGCUUAUAAGUUACAUCAGGUUUUAUGCAAAGGAAGUAAAUUUAUCAACAUUACCGCGAGUGUCAGUCUAAUAGUGGCCAGAUAAGGAAUAAAGUAAAUGUUGCCAAAUAUAGUGGUUGGUUGUCUUAUCUUGUUGGUGUUCUGCCCAAUGGUCUGUUUCCCUGACCAUACAACAUAAUAUAGGAUUAAACAAAAGUAUUAACCUAAUAACAUAGCAUUAUUACCGAAUAGUAUAGACUAUAGACCAUAUGUUGUAUCUAUAACAGGAAAAUAACAACGAGGAAGAGGAGUGGGAUGAGGUACUAUUUUUUUUUCCGUAUCGUAGAUAUAUUUAAAUAUAUGUACAAUAUUGUGUCCUGACUUAACAGGUUAUACAAGUAUUUAUACAAUUUAUAACUUUUAUUUUACUGUCCAUUGACUUUUAUUUGUGCCAAAAAAGUAAUUCACCAUCCUUUUCUAAGUUCUUGGGUACAAUUUGUGUGCCUUAACUACUUGGAAAUAAUAAAAUAAGGUACCUAUUGCCCGUUUUGAUUUAAUCGAACACGUACAUAGCACCUAAAUGAACGAACAACGAAGAUUGUACACGGAUACUAUACUUUAAUUUCAUGUAAAGCGAGUGAUUUACUGUUUUGAAAAUAUAAAGAUAACCAUUUAAGAUGUGGUUAUUCAACACUAAAAUAAUAUUUAUUUGUGGACAUUUUAUGUGAACUCUAAAUUGGUAUAUUAUACUAUGUAUAUUUUAUCUAUAGGCAUUACAUCGAAGAACGUGUCAAAGUUAUGAUUUAUCAUUUCAACGUUAAAAAAAAUUAAAAUUAAAUCUGCUUAGGUACCUAAUUUUAAUAUUAUAAUUGCGGACAAAAUAUGUUCUACAUUUUCAUACUUAAUUGAUUAAAUAAUGCAAAUUUAAUUUACAAUUCUAUUGUGUAAUUUCUAAACUACCAUGGUAAUGAUUUUAUUGUAACAAUAACAAUGUAAUGAUUGUGUUUAGAUAACAAUUUCAUAUUGAGGGUUUGCAGGGAACGUUCUAUAUAGACCCUAGACCCUUUAAGUCAAACAUUGUUUGUUGAACACAACUGAAAAAAAAUCGGUGAAUACUUAACAGUAACUAAGAAGUGAAUUGAUUUUUAAUUAUAUUCAAUAAUAUUAGUUUUCCUCAUUUGAUUGUCACGCAGUGUGUUUCACUUUUAGUGGAAUAAAUAUGAACCAAUCACAAGUAAUUUCAUCUGAGAUUAUUAAAAAAUCAUAUUUGAAACAUGAAUGUUCAAAAGAAGUCGCCCUCAUACUGUCGUUGGAACAAGAAUUCGACUGGUUAAUUAUAACCAAAUUAAAUCUGAGUCUUUUAAAUAUAGUGCACAUUGUUGGGUUAAGAUUGGUUACAAAUCUACAAUGUUUGACACUGUCACACAACAAAAUAAAAAAAAUCGAAAACCUCGAUUGCCUCAUGAAGCUGGAAGAACUAAACCUUUCAUAUAAUAGAAUAACAACAAUUGAAAAUCUUGAUCAUUUAACAAAGUUAAAUGUUUUAAGCUUGAGUGGCAACUAUAUUUCAGAAUUGAAAAAUUUGGAUAACAGUUCACAGUUACAAGCAUUUUAUAUAAGCCAUAAUGAGAUAAUCGACAUUAAUCAAAUAUUCUAUUUGAAACGUUUCAAGUAUUUACAGUGCAUGGAAUUGUCAAACAAUCCAGCCACCGAUAAUAAUAGACAACUAAUUGUUGAUCAAUUUCCAAAGUUAAUAUAUCUGGAUAAUAAAUAUAUAACGGCCGAGGAACGCUCAUUACCUGUUGAACCAAACGAUGAAUACAGUUUAGUAGGUUCAAAAGUAUUGGCAGAGUCUAACAUAAUACACAAAGCUUUUUUAAAUGAGAAUGACGGUAUAACAUUUUUCAAUUAUUUAUACUACGAAGAUGUUGAUGGUGAAUUGUUAAGUAAAUGGAACUCAACUGUUAAGGUGGCUUUUGAAAAAUAUAAGAAACAAAUUACCGAUAGUGCAAUGGAAUUGUUUAAUACAAGUCUACAAAAACUAACGGUGAGAGAUGAAAUGUUUUCCAAGUUUAAAAUGAGUCAUAACAGAUUUGAAAGGAAAUUAACUUAUAAGAGCCGUGAUAUUUUAAAAGAGUUUGAAGAAAGAAGAAGAAUAAGGAUGGCUCCUUCUUCUCAAGAACAAUCAAGUGAUUUUGAUUCAAAUGAAACAAGUAUUAGUCAGGAUUCAGAUAAUGUUGAACAUUCAAAUGAACAAAUUUCAAUUGAAUCUUUCAUACCUGUUUCCGAGUCCGACAUAAUUGCAUUGAAAAUGAAAUUGCACGAAAAAAACAAUUAUAUGAAUAAAUCCAUCACGGAUAUGAUAAGCAAAUAUACAAACUUUGUAGAAGAAGAACUCAAAUCAUUUUUGGAGUUGUUAGUGCCAAUUUUUUUUAAUAUGCGUGAAAUUGUAAGUACCUAUUCUGAAAUAUUGAGUGAAAACAUUAGGUUGGCAGUAAAUAAUCCAAUAAAAGUAAUACCAAAGGAGUUCAUUAAUCAUUUUGGAGAUAGAUUUUCAAUAAAUGAUGCUGCAGUUAAAAUGUCUGAUAAACACAUGGAAAUGAUAUACAAAAGGGAAGAAAAACUUAAUUCUGAUGCAAAAAAAUGGGCUGAACAAUUAAUUAAAGAUUUGAAAAAUUCUGAAAAGCAAAGAUUUUGGAUGGUAUUUGAAGAAAUAACGAAAUAUUACGAUAAUGUAUCGUCUUGGCUUAAAGCUUCAGAAGAACUAUACAUCUUGGACAAAUUAUAUAACUAGGUAAUAAAAUGCAGUACCUGGAAAUUAUAAUUACAGUAUAAUUUACACAUAUAAUUGUUCGGAAAUCGUAAAAAAAUGUAGAUUAACAAUAUUAAAAAAUUAAAUAUUAUUAAA